UUCAUCUUAUUUUCCGUGUAUAAUUCUAGGCCUGAUGUAUUCCAUUUUUUUAUAAGCCUAUGCAGUUGAGGUCUAAUGUAAGCUUUCUUUUUUCGUUAUUUCAUCACAGGAGAGUCCAGUACAAGUCCUAUGAUGACCGAGAUGGCAAUGGCCCUGCCAAGCGAGAAUUGAAGUUCAGGUCUAAUCGACCUUCAGGAGCACAGUUGGAGAAUGUGAGGACAAGACAGGGUGCUGCCACAAUGACGACUGCACAAGAUUAUUUCAAGCUCUUCUUCACCAUCGAAGUAAUCCAACAAAUUUGUGAUUAUACAAAUAAAUACGCAAAUGCCCACAUAGCCAAUAACUCAACCUAUGCCUCUAGUGAUGGGACCUGGAAUCCAGUGACAGUUGAUGAGAUGUGGAGCUUGAUCGGACUACUUAUCUACAUGGGUCUUGCACGCUUUCCAGACAUAGAGAGCUACUGGUCGACAGCGACGCUAUACCAUGGUUCAUGGUCGCGAUCGUUCAUGUCCAGGGAUCGGUACAAGGCGAUUAUGAGUUUUCUUCAUGUCGUUGAUCCUGACACAGAGGAUCCCAAUGAUGUGUUACGCAAAGUUCGUUUUCUUCUUGACCACAUGAAGCAGACGUGCCAGGCAUUGUAUCAGCCCCAUGAACAUAUCGCUAUUGAUGAGCGAAUGGUGCGGUCAAAAGGACGCUUCUCAAUAAGGCAGUACAUUCGCGAUAAGCCAACGAAAUGGGGCUUCAAGCUUUGGGUGGUGGCGGACUCUAAAACCGGAUACACGUUUGACUUUGACGUGUACAUUGGACGACGAGAACAAGCUUCCGAGAAUGGGCUGAGCUACGAUGUGGUUUUCAGUCUCUGUGAAAACUUGUUGCACCAAGGCUACAAACUUUAUAUCGAUAAUUUUUACACAUCGAUGAAACUGUUGACCGAUUUAAAGAGAAACCAGGUUUGGGCAUGUGGGACAGCUAAUAGUAAUCGGAGAGGAUUCCCAGUGGAAUUCAAAACCACUAUAAAGGACUGGUCCAGAAAUGCAUCGCGCGGGAACAUGAGAUGGGUCAGGAGUGAUGGGAACCUCGUCCAGCAGUGGAAGGACAACAAAGCGAUCAGCAUGAUCUCCUCCUUUCACGAUGCAAAUGACUUCGAGUAUUGCCGACGCAGAGUGAAGGAAAGAGGUCAAUUCCACCGGAAGUUAGUGCGUCAACCUAUGGCUGUUCGCGACUACAACAGUUACAUGGGCGGUGUCGACCGGUCUGACCAGUUGCUGUCUAACUAUGACAUUCUUCGGAAAACUGUGAAGUAUUGGAAGACCUUGUUUUUUCACUUUGUAGACAUCGCGAUCAUAAAUUCCUUCAUCUUAUUCCAAGAUUGGAGGGGAAAGCAUGCAAAUGUGGAGGCCCUGCAUCGGCCAUCAAGAUAUGAUCCUCGCAAUUUUCGCGAAGAGCUUUGCAGACAGCUGGGUGGAAUCAAUGACGACGAUCCAGUACCUCUGUAUCGCCCUGUAGCACCACAGGCAGCGGCUGUUCCUGUACCAGCAAAUGACCCGGAAUUCUUCCACCUUCCAGAGGACAGUGUAGACAGACUAGAUUGCAAAGUGUGUGCAAAAACAAUGAAGAAAAAUGCCUACAAAUCAUAUGUACGAUGUUUGAGGUGUGAUGUCCAUCUCUGUAUGAACAAGAAGAGAAACUGCUAUUAUACUUUUCACACAGAUCCCUCCUUCAAAGACAGUGUGAAAUAGAGACUGAAAGACAGUGUGAAAUAGAGACUGAAAGACAGUUUGACAUCCAUCUGAGUCACUUGUAAUAAAGACUGCACCAAACACAUGUGAUAUUUUGCAAGGCUCAUUGCCAUAAUUUAUAUCUUUUUAUUGUACUGUACAAACAAUUAUUCGUGGGUACAUGUUAUUUUACGCAAGCUCAUCAAUAUUCAUGACAUUACAUACGCAAAUUUUGUAACAUUUGUUUAAAAAAAGUACAGAAGAAACAUUUAUCUAUCAUGUAUGAGGCAGGAAUCACUUGUUUUCUUUUUCUAUGUAUUUUUUUGUUUAUUCAACUUUGGUGUAUAUGUAGUUAUGUACAUGUAUUUUCUUGAACGGAAUUCACACUUAUGUAUUUGAAUAUCAUGUAAAGUGUCAUAUUUCACAAACCUUUGAAUCAUAAAUAAGGAAAUAACAAACAAAUAUGAUAUUUCAUAAUUUGAAAAUAUAACUCAUACUUCAUUCUCAUGAGGUUUGGAUAUUUUUUUUGCAUACUCCCCUUUGAAGGAAAAGACUUUGUUUCACCUGAACAAUGCGUUCAUCAAUAUUCAUAAGAAGUAAUUUGCAUAAAAUAUCUGAUAUUGUGAUUUUUUUAAUUACUAUAUAGCAUUCUUCCUUUAUCUAAAGAUACCUAUUGUCAUAAAAAGCAUCUUACUAAGAGCAGAAAUCAUUCAUUUAUUUUUAAAUAUUUUUUUUGUGAGCUACUUUGGUAUAGGCAUUUUUUACAAAAUUUUACCCGUAUUUGAAUAUUAUGUAAUAUGUCCUACUUCACAACUCAUCAAUAAUGUUUAUAUACAAAAUGACCCCUAUUUUUACUCUACAUACUUCAAAGAAUAUUCCAUGCAAGUUUGACUAUAUUUUGAGUUAUAUUUCCCUUUCAAUUAUAUGAUCAAAUAUGAUUUUUGCCCAAAAUACCUGUCUUUGCAUGAAUAUGCAGAAGUGCUAAUUUGCAUAUGAUAUUAUAAUAUAUGCAAAUUAUUCAAAAUAAUUUGUGUCAAAAGAAUUAGCUUUAUUUUGGUAUAUCAUAAGGCCAGAUUGGGCAACAUUAAAAUAUUUUACUGAAUUUAUUUUGUUAACCAGUGUGUCAUUGCUCAUUUGGCUCUCAAAUAGGCCAGUUGGAUAAGAGUUAAAGGUACAUGGUAAGCUUAGUACAUGGAAUUCCCUACCCUUCGGACACUAAUGUGAAUGCAGGGUACAUCACAUAGGAUCAACCAGAGGCAUUGCUUGGAGAGCAGCCUAGAAAUUCAAUUUCUUUUUUUCUUUCUUUCUUUCUUUUGGCUUGAUAAUUAGAUUGAAGUCUCAGGUGUGCUUUGAUUGAUUACUUUCCUCUGGAGAUUAAGGUCCAAGAAUAGUUUGAACUUUCAAAAAGGUGCUUGAAGCAUCAAUUGACAAAAUUUGAAUGAUAGCUUUUUUAUGUUGCAUAUAUUUUUUGUGUAAGUGCAAAAGUGAACUGACAUACAGUAUUUUAUUCAGGAGUAACAUGAACGUUUUCUGACAGAGUGUGUGAUUUAUUUGUAUGCUGCAAUCUGAUUGGUGGUGUUAUAAUGAUGCACAUUAUGUUUGUGUUGUGUUAUCAGAAUGGUAAAGGUUGCGGGUAAAUUCAAAUCACUUUCAAGAGGUAAUUUCUAGUCCCCCAAUUCAUUCAACUCUAAACUACUGAUACUAUGCAAGAUCUUUGUAUAAAUGCUCCUCUGUCUAGAUUGGAGCUAACAUGAGCUUGAUUAUGAAAUACUUUAAAUCGAAAUGAUAGACGAAAAACGAACAAAACAUAGAAUUGAAUGUCAAUCUUUUUAAUCAAACUUUGGAUGAUAAACUUUAUAGGGAUUUAAACAAAACUUUUCAUCCCCUCCCCCUCCCCUCAAUUCCACUCGCUUUCAUUUUUUUAUAUAGGAUUUUCUACCAAAGUGUAUAGGAGGAAAUGGUUACAAAGACUUAGAAAGAAAUGAAUUUUAGAAAUCAAAUCUGUAGUCAUGCAGUGUCACACAAAAAUAUGCAUCAUCUAUUACAUCUUUCUCUUCUCAAUUUCAACAGCAAUUUGAGUAAUACGCCAAAAAAAUGAAUCAAUAAUAACAUUACGAUGCAUAAUUACAGAAAUACUAUCAAUUGCUCUUCAAUCCACAAUUCAAAUAGCAGACAAUUACUCAAGUGAAAUCCAAGUCUUAUCAAUUACUGACCCCUUUUGUGUCAUCGUCUAUUUUCAUCAAUAACCAUCACAUCAGAACACCCAUUUAUUUGAUUCACCAUCACGUACAUGUAAAACAUCUUAACACGACAAUAUUUUAAUACCAUUUGCUACAAAUAAAACAUUUAUCUGUCAUUGAUCUAAGGAGCAGAACCUUUUCUCCCCCUUGUUAAUACAGGAAGUAUACAAUCAUCUUUAUGUCAACAUGCCGCCGUGACCUCUAAUACAUUUCAUAAUUUGAUAGCGCUGAUUACCGAGGAGGGUUAUACAUCUGCCUACGCUGUAACACAUUAUGAUAGCUGUGUUCACAUGACUACCAAUUACUUUCCAAUAUAUUUCAGUUGUUUAUGUUAUGUUUGUAAUGUUAACAUGGGAGCUUAUCAAAUAGAAUCGGAUUGGUUCAUGGGAUCAUUUUUUUAACAGAUACAGGAUAGAAAACAAAUAUCUCAACGUUAUUUUCGAAAAAAUUGACCACAAUUAAAGCAAUUUACUUGCAGUUGCUCUGAUUUUUAAUAGUACACUAUGAAUGUGCAUUUCACUAUUUUCAUAUAAGUGAGUAUAGCUGAAAUGUCACUAUCAAUCCCAUUUAGAAAUUUCUUCAUUCAUGAUCACAGGAUGUUUUCUCAGAUAUGUGUAAAAUACGAGACAUUUGAUAGUCAAGAUUUCAUAAAAAUUCAUUUUGUUAUGGUACCAAAAUUAUGGAACUACCUGCCCCACAAAAUCUGAGAAAUCACAGAUUUUGUUAGAUUAAAAUCUGUAUCAUAGACUUUAAAUUUUAAAGAAAUGCUAGCUAUUUACUGAAAUCAAACAUUUUUCUUCCAAAUAUGGCAUUACGUAUAUAUACAGGAACUGGAUAUUAUUAUUACACUGAAAAGUUAAUACUAUAAGGAUGUCAUGUGAACAUAGCCACUGUAAUACAAGGUAAACCUCUUUGCUUCAUUUCGAUUUUAAUUUGGGUGGCUAUACAUUUACAUGUUAGAAGGUCUGACUUAUUAAGGGGAUUAACAAAUUGCGGAAUCCGUGAAAACUGUGAAUAUCAUGUUGAAAUGACACAUACCCAUCACUCACAAAUAGCUGAAUGAUCAUGAUAUGAUAAUUAGGAAAACAGCUAAUUAAUGAAGACAGCAACUACAUGUACGUGUAUUCAUUCCCUGGUUGUUAUUUAAUUGUAUGUAUUAUAAAUAUGUAGAUUAUAUCCAAUUGCACCCUUCUCUACAUGUCUACAUGAGAGUGAAUAAUGAAAUACAAAUUUAUAUUAAUUUGAUUCAUUACGAUUUAUUUCUGAACAAUUAUUACGCAUUCUGCAUACCAUAUGAAUUUAACUACUUUUAAUUUCCUGAAUAGCCAACAACUAAAUUCCUAAUUAUAAACAAACACUUUAAAGACACAAAAGGCAAAAAAGUUUGAAAAGGGCUGAGAACAGCAUUUUUUACCCUUAUUAAAAAACACUGUCACUCCUUAACCCUUUUAAAUUGUGAUUUACCCCUUCCACCCUUGUUUUUAAAAUAUAUGAUUUGAAUUAUCUCUCUUUGUGUAAGCUACAUAUUUAAACACGCAAUGCCAAUGUUAUAUUUCAUUGAACAACUAAAAACAGUUCUUGUGGAAAUAAAAAUUUUGGCUAUUUGAGUCCAAAGAAAAGCAAUAUUAACAUAAAUUAAUAACCAGACUUCUGAAACAUUAAAGGACAAGUCCACCCCAACAAAAAGCUGAUUUGAAAUAAAAAGAGAAAAAUCAAACAAGCAUAACACUGAAAAUUUCAUCAAAAUCGGAUGUAAAAUAAGAAA